AUGGCCAACUUGUCAAAAUUCAGCCGCUUCUCAACAGCCAUUGAAGCUGGCAUCAUCAAUAUCAGCAAGUGGUAUGCGCUCGACCCCAACUGCAAGGUCGCAUAUGCCAAAGACAAAUGGGCCCCUCGUUUUUUCAAAACAGGGAUGCAAUCUCGAGAGAGAGUUGCUCAUAUGGCCAUAGUUGGAUGCACAGCUCUGUCCAAAUUGCGUGUCAUGAACGAUGCAGCCACACGAAGGCCUCGUCAAGAACUUGAGGACUACCUAGAUGCACCACUUGAGGACAUCAAAAAUGUAGAUUACCUUGCCAUUCAGGGAUCGGCUGUUGCGUCUGAGCAUACAUUUUCAAGUGGCAGUAUUACUGGGACUGCACAUUGUGGCUGUUUGCAGCCAGCAACAUUUGAGGCUCUUCAGUUGCUCAAGACCGCGUACCAUCAAGGCCAUAUCUCCUGCAACAGCCCAGGCUGA